AUGAGUACAAAAAGAGAUUCUGAUAUUUAGCAGCCAUUGCUAGAAGGGCUAAGGGAUUCAGCACCCUCAGCCAAUCAAUAAAAGUUGAUAAACUCAAAGGAGGAAGAAACUAAGAAAGAAAGUUUUAGUGAGGAAUUAAUGGAAGCCUGA